GCAGCAAGAGGGGAGCGUGCUGGGUAAAUUGGAUGUUUUUCUUUUCUCCCCUCCUUCCUGCUUAGUUCUCGUAGCACAGCACGCACACUUUGCUGGUGCUUGUUCAUUUAACCAACUCGGCACAUCUAAUGCACUCAGAGUAAGAGAGAUAAGAAGUGGGUCUGCUGGAUUAAAAAGAAGGAGUGAAUAAUGGACAGAUUGUUGUAUGUGGUGAGGAGGAUGUCACCUCGGAAGAGGGAGAGGAGCUUCCAGUGGGAGGCAGAGAGUCCCGAGACCUGCGACGAGAGUCUGUGCUCACUGAGCCUCUGCAUCAGUGAUGAUGGGCCUUACUCCAAAGGCAACAAGGAAUCUACAGGGCCUGACAGUUCCCUUAUCUCCAGAAGACAGAGCAUCCCAGAAGAGCUGCGGGGGGUGACGCUGGUGGAGCUGAUUAAGAAGGAGGGCAGCACACUGGGCCUCACCAUCUCAGGAGGAACAGACAAAGAUGGCAAACCUCGCGUCUCCAACCUCAGACCAGGAGGCCUAGCAGCCAGGAGUGACCAGCUGAAUGUGGGCGACUAUAUAAAGUCUGUAAACGGCAUCAAUUUGACUAAGCUGCGUCACGAUGAGAUCAUCAGCCUGCUGAAGAACGUGGGCGAGCGUGUUGUGCUGGAAGUGGAGUAUGAGCUGCCUCCAGCCGCAUCAGACAGCACAUCAGGUGUUAUAUCGAAGACAAUCGAGAUCUGUUUACACAAGGAAGGCAAUAGUUUUGGCUUUGUAAUGCGAGGAGGCUCCCAUGAAGACUGGCACAAAACUCGUCCGUUAGUAGUUACGUACGUUCGGCCAGGAGGCCCUGCGGACAGGGAGGGCACAUUGAAGGCAGGUGAUCGGCUCCUCAGUGUGGAUGGCGUGCCAUUACACAGCGCCAGCCAUAGUGAAGCCCUUACUGUGUUGGCACAGUGUAGCCAGGAGGCCAUCUUCCAAAUCGAAUAUGAUGUGACCAUUAUGGAUUCGGUAACAAAUGCCUCUGGCCCAUUGCUGGUGGAAAUAGCCAAGUCUCCUGGAGCGAGUCUGGGCAUCACAUUAACCUCUGCCACACACAGGAACAAACAGGUGAUCAUCAUUGACAAGAUCAAAGCUGCCAGCGUGGUCGACAGAUCAGGAGCUUUACAUGUAGGUGAUCACAUCCUCACCAUAGACGGCACAAGUACGGAGCACUGCACCGUGCUGGAGGCCACUCAGCUGUUAGCCAGCACCUCAGACGUGGCCAAGCUGGAGAUCCUUCCUGGUCAUCACAUGCGAUUGACCAGCAAAGCUCAGGACACUGUGAAGGUCCAGAAAAGUGACCAUCCACAUUCUUGGGACCCGUGUGUGAACUACUGCCAUUCUCAGCAUGCUGCUCACUGUAAGACUCCCACAUGGAUGUCGACCUCGAGCAAUGCAUCCAGCACUCAGGACUACUGCAAAUCUGUAGUCUGCACUAAUUUCUCCCCCGCAUCCACCACUACAUCAGGCAUGACGAGUCAGUCAUCCAGCACUCUGCCCCGCACUCCCCAUCCUAUGAGCCCCCGCAACUCCAUGCUCAAGAGGAGACAGAGGAAAAAAGAGCACAAGAGCUCGUCAGUGUCUCUAGCCUCGAGUUCAGUGGGUCCUGGAGGUCAGAUAGUUCAUACAGAGUCCAGCGAGGUCACUCUAACAGGAGAUCCUCUCAGCGGCUUCGGAGUUCAGCUGCAGGGGGGAAUAUUCGCCACUGAGACGCUUUCCGCACCCCCAGUAAUCCGAUUUAUAGAGCCUGACAGCUCAGCUGAAAAGUGUGGGCUGCUCCAGGUUGGUGACCGGCUCUUGUCAAUCAAUGGCAUUCCUACAGAAGAUGGCACGAUGGAGGAGGCCAAUCAGCUGCUCCGAGAUGCUGCUCUGACUAAUAAAGUCACGCUAGAGAUUGAGUUUGAUGUAGCAGAGUCAGUUGUGCCCAGUAGCGGUACCUUUCAUGUGAAGCUGCCGAAGAAGAGAGGAGUCGAGCUUGGGAUCACGAUCAGUGCCAGUAAAAAGCCGGGCGAACCCCUGAUCAUAUCUGACAUAAAGAAAGGAAGCAUGGCUCACAGAACAGGGACUUUGGAGCCUGGAGACAAGCUGCUGGCUAUAGAUAACAUUCGACUGGAGAGCUGCUCAAUGGAAGAUGCAAUGCAGAUCCUUCAACAGAGUGAAGACCUGGUCAAGCUCAAGAUACGCAAGGAUGAAGACAACUCUGAUGAGCAGGAGACAUCAGGCUCCAUCAUCUACACAGUGGAGCUGAAGCGCUACGGCGGCCCCCUGGGCAUCACCAUCUCAGGCACCGAGGAGCCCUUUGACCCCAUUGUCAUCUCAGGCCUCACCAAGAGAGGUCUAGCUGAAAGAACGGGGGCUAUUCAUGUUGGAGAUCGAAUCCUUGCCAUUAACAACGUGAGUCUGAAAGGCAAACCUCUGAGUGAAGCCAUCCACUUACUUCAAAUGGCUGGCGAGAGCGUGACGCUGAAAAUCAAAAAGCAGAUCGACGUGGCAGAUGAAAAGAAGAAGAACACUAUAGAUCUUGAUAAUGAGCUCAGCGAUAAUGAUGACUCAGAAAUGACGGACUCUCAGAAGACCAGUAAGUUGUCAGAGAUCUAUUCCACCACCAUACCCAGCGUAGACUCGGCUAUGGAAUCAUGGGACGGAUCGACUAUAGAUGCUAGUUAUGGGAGCCAAAGUGGCUACAUCCACCAGGUAGCAGGUAUCGCCUUACAUCCACAUGAGUGGCGCAGUGCCAAGAACAGGGACAGCACUCCCCCUCCUGGCCACCGCAAGAACUACCUGCUGAGUGAUGGAGGAUUCAGUGAGGAGGAUUGGGACAAGCAUGCUGGAUUUGCCAGCCAGACUCCUGCUGAUGGCAUCAUGCUGGACCACGAGGACAACUUCUGGUGCCAGGCCCUGGAGGACUUGGAGACGUGUGGGCAGUCAGAACUCCUCCGUGAGAUCGAGGCCUCCAUAAUGACUGGCAGCACUGUGAGUUUGGGAGUAGAGAGCACCAAGUCUCACAGCGAAUCAGGGAGCCAGGCCAACGUCAGCCCUCUCAGAAAGAGCUCGCAUCUUCGCAAUGAGGCCAAAAGCAAGAGCACACUGCGCAUGUCUGAGAAGACCUGGGAAUCACGGAGGAUCAAGGAGGAGAUGCAAGAAAUCCUGUCUCCCACCCCACUAGAGCUGCACAAGGUGACAGUGAUUAAGGAUCCAGAAAGAGAUGAUUUUGGUUUCAGUGUGUCAGACGGUUUCUUGGAGAAAGGUGUUUACGUGAACGUGAUCCGGCCUGAGGGUCCAGCAGACCGUGCAGGACUCAGGCCGUACGAUAGGAUCCUCCAGGUCAAUCAUGUGCGAACACGAGAUUUCGACUGCUGCUUGGCCGUGCCUCUUAUCACAGAAGCUGGAGAUAAACUGGAGCUGGUUAUUAGUAGAAACCCAUUAGCUCAGCCUGGUGCUGGUCAGCCCAUCGACUGCCAUUCACUCUCAGCUCCUUUGACUCACAGCCGAGAGCACAGCAACAGCACCAUGGACCUGUGAGAGCACACUAACCUGGGGCUUACACCCUGAAAGGACAACACAAAUUCACCAGGAACUGCUGUACAUGCCAUUCAACACAAUCUGAAACUUGGACCAUACAGUAUGUUCAACAAAUGUGACGGUUUUUAGUAAAACAUAAGCAAUGAUCUGUGCUAAUGUUUGGUUUGUUUGUUUUUUUAAACAGAACUGUGAUUAUAGUAAAACAGGAAGUGUGAACAAGCUACUAGACCCUGUCCAACACUAGACUGUCCUAUCGAGUCUUCUUGUUUUCACCAAAAACAAAGAGCUGCUUCUUGUCCAGCGCCAUAAAAAAGAAAUGAUCCUGGAUGAAGGUCAAAUUUUACACCGUUGUGUAUAGUGAACACAUUUGUUGUCUUUUCAUGGGGGCCAUCCCACUUCAGAAAAUAACAUGCCACUCAUAAUGUUUUCAUUAAACACUGUAUUUUUCCACUAUCAAGCCAAAGGCUGAGUCACCAUGAACUCUUUGGUUAAGCAAGAUUCAAAAUUUGUUUGGCCAAACGCAACCCUAGAAUUGGCCCUGUUACAUGCUUAGUCACAAAAUCUCUAUCUCUCUCUCUCUCUCUCUCUCUCUCUCUCUCUUUAGUCUACUCUGGACUAAAGAAUGGACAAAAACAAGAGUACUGCUUGCGGCAGAAUCGAAACAUAAGAAAGGUGCUGUUUGAUUUCUGAACAAGAUAUGACACAACACACUAUUCCUUUAUUUGACAGAGGCGGUACAACAAUUUGGUUUUGUUUGUACAAGAAGACAAAUUCGUUUCUCACAUCUCUAACCUCACACACCUCCUUAAGCAGUGAUGUGAAGAAAUAGAAACAAACACAACCCUCUUAUACCAGUCACAAAAUUAUGUAAUCAGGAAAAAGAAAAAUGGACUUUGCGCACACACACACACACACACACACACACACACACACACACAAAAACACACACACACACACACACACACACAUGCCAUGGCAGUGUUUGCUCUUAGAUUUAAUACUCAGAAUGGCUUUUGUGCUCAUGCAAUACCCCCUUCUUAUUUUCUCUUCUCCCACUUAAACUAUUCCACAUUUUGCAGUGUUACAACCUGGAAUGAAAUUGGACUUAAUUGGAAUUUUUACAAUUUGAUUUAUACAAUGUAUUUAUUUAAAGGUGCGACGUACUUUUAAUUGUGACACAAAUGUUUUUUUAAACAAUUAAACAAAAAAGCAGACAUUUUUGUUUGCAUAUUUACUUAUCCCCUUGAUCGAACCACCUUUCAUUCUAAUUCCCAUGCAGGUCUUCUGGGAUGUGUCUCAGCUUUGUACAUCUGGAUCUUGAUUUUUUUUUUUUCUUUUUUUUUUUUUGCCCAUUCUUCUUAGUAAAUUUGCAAGUUCUCUCAGAGACCGUUGGUGAAUGGCAAUUUUCAUUUAAUUCAGGUUUGGAAUUAAAUUGGGCCAUUCUAACAUAUUCAGGUUCUUAGUUUUGAACCAGUCCAGUCUAGAUUUGGCAGAAUGCUUAGGGUUGCUGUCCUGUUGGAGAGCGAACCGGAAUAGGUUUGUUUCUAGGGCUGCCCUGCAUUUGGCUUCAUCCAUCUUGCCCUCAAAUCUGACCAGUUUCCCAGUCCCUUCUGAUGAAAAGCAUCCUUGCAACAUGAUGCUACCACCACAAUGCUUCACUGUGAAGAUGUCUUUCGCACGGUGGUGAGCAAUGUUUUGUUUCUCCCAAACAUAGCACUUUGUGCCAAGACCAAGACGUUCAAUUUUGGUCUCCUCAGAAUCUCCAACAUGCCUAUUGGCAAACUCCAAAUGGGAUUUUAUAUGGCUCACCGUUCUUCCAUAAAGCCCAGAUAUGUGGUCUGUUCUGGGUUGUCUUGUGAACAGCUUCUACCACCUUAGCUGUGGAACUCUCAAGCUCCUGGAGAGGUCAUUGGCCCCUUGUUUGCUUCUCUGACUAAAGCCGGUCACUGACCUGGUGACUUUUGGUGGAUGGCCUCCUUAAUGCAGAUUAUGUGCCAUAUUCUUUUCUUUUGUUAAAAAUUGAUUUAAUGGUGCUCAGCAGGAUAUUCAAACUGUGGGAUUUUUUUAAAAACCAAACCUUGAUUGAUAUUUUUCCAGGACCUUGUUUUGAUAGCACCUUGGUCUUCAUGAUGCUGUUUAUUUUAUAUUAUAUGUUCUCUAACAAACUCUGGGGCCUUCUAGGAACAGAUGUAUUUGUUUUGAGAUCAUGUGACAUGUUAUUUGCACAGCCGUGAACCCCAUUUAAAUAAUUAUGCAAUAUGAGAUGACAACUGGUUGUACCAGAACUAAAUUAGGAGGUUUCCAGCAACGGGGUGAAUACUGACGCAAUCACAAAUUUUCCAUUUUUAUUUUUAAAUAAUUUCACAAACUAUAUAGAUUUCCCUCCCUACUUCAGUAUUAUGAGCUAUUUUGUGUAGUUUCAUGACAUAUAAUUAUAAUAAAUCCAACUUAGUUUCAGGUUGUAACACCGAAAAUGUGGAAAAGUUCAAGGGGGGAGGAGUCAAUACAUGCAAGGCACUGUAACUAUAAAAAUGCAUCUACACCAUUCACCACGUGUGUUCAGGACUCAAGGGCACAUUUCUUCCUUUCACAAUGGCCUUUGUAGUCAAGCCAUGAUAUAACUACUGAAGCUUGCCAAAUAUCUCAGACAUUUUGUUCAAGUUAUUUUCAUCUCACCUUCCUGAAAAGGUCUCAUAAAACUGAGUGUAGCCAAGUCACAUUUGGAAUGAUCAAACCAUGGAGUUUAGCCUGACUCGAAGUCUGCUUGGUUCAGCUCUCUGUUUCAUUUUCAAGCUGUCUAUGAACUGAGUCAGACAACACCAAGUGGUCUAGUGUGGAGGUCCUGAAGGAUUAGGAGUUUGCAGCUAGUGCAUUCAAAAAACUAAUUUCUUUUCUGUUCCAUACAACAGCCAGAAAUUUAAGAAAAAAAUAAAGAAGGUUACACAGAUGAUCCAUGGAGCCAAAAUGCAGCAGCGUCUGAUUUUUAGGCUCAUUUGCCCGUACAAUCAUGCCAUCCCUUAUAUGGACUCUAAAAUCUCCCUUAUGUAUACUCUAAAAUCAUUCCUGUUGCCAUAACGGUUUACUUUCUGAGUAUUUGGUGGAAUUAUUUCCUGCCUUCUUUGCAGUACUAAUGACCAUGCUGGAAAGCACAAGUGAGAUCUAUUUCUAAUAAAACAGAAAGCACUCAUUGUUCUCAGAGACUCUGGUGAAUUCACACUGGAACAAUCCAUGGCUCUGUUCACAACUGUCCCACCCGAUGUCACUCCUUCAUUCAGUCUUAUAAAACUAUUGAUGAUGGGCGAGGUUUCAUCUACAGAUUUUUCACACAUAAAGAGCCUAAUAUUAAAUGUCUUGUUUUUACUAAGGCUUAGACCAGUGUUCCGACCUGGGACAUCAUUUUUACCUUUUCUCUCUUUGACAGUGUUCCAUGUAAGUAUUAAGUGUGAUGUUCACAAACCCCAAAUGAAAAAAAAAAAAAUCUGAAGAAAUUUUUAUACAUGCAAUAUUCAAGCCCCAAAGGUAGGCUUUGAGAAUUUUACAGAAGCUUUAUAAAGCUCUAAUUGUGUUCAUCCCUAUGCAUUUUUGGAUUCUGAAUUAAUGUAUGCAUUGAUAUUGUGUAUUUUUAAAGUGUGUAAUAUUUAAAGUUCUAUUCUCUGUAUAGUAUUUUUAUAUGACCCUCUCUCCCAUCGUUCCCCUGAGUGCAGUUCCAAGCACAGUGGUUAAAGAGAAUUGAAACUUGGGUUUAUUUUGGUUUGGCUGAAUACAUAUGAUGAUAUUCCUAGUCAAAGACUGUGCUGGUGACACCAUUUUAUAAUGAAAAAUAUUAAUAAAAAAGGAAAAAACUUGGUGAGUCAUAAUUGUAUCCAUCAAUGGUUGUAUCCAUUUAUGUACAGUAUACAGUAUACCUGUUUACUGAAAUUAGGAUGUAGCUUAAACAGCUAUUUGAAAAUACAAUAAGAACUUAUUACAUUUUGAAUUAGUUUGAACUAAUGGGUAUGACAGCAGUAAAAACUCUGUUUACAGGUAUCAGUAACGCUUUAGUUUAGGAUCGAUUAAUGGACAUUACUGAAUAUAUUAGUUAACAUCAUCAAAUGAUAUGCUUCAGUAUUAAUACACCAUAAAUAACCAUAACAAAGUAACUACUUGCUCGUGGUCAACACAAACGUCCUAUCAUGUCUGUCUGAAUAAAGUAAUUUAUUAUGUGUAUCAAUAUUCAUUUGUCUGCUGGCUAUUAAAGGCUAGGGGCACUGUGUUCAUAUGGCGUGCCAGAACGUCUGUGAUUUUUUUUGUUUGGUUUUUUUACUUUGUUACAAGGCUGGAAAUCACAGCUCAUUAUUAUCAAAGGUAUUAUAUUCAUUAUUGAGUUAUUAUACUUUUUAGCUUAUUUGAACAGUCAUUUAAUUUGAAUGGGUUUAAUCCAUUCAAACAAAAAUAUUCUAUUUAAACAAGCAGGCUUAUGAAUGAUGUGAACUUGGACCUAAUCGGUUUUGUUGGCAGACAUCUCAGGAAUAAAAAGCUCUAUGGCUGUAAUAACUAGCCAAAAUAUUAUUGGACACAUUUACACAAUGAGCAUAAUAUUUCAAUAGUUGGCUUAUGUUAAAAGGGGGUCCUUUGGUUUUUAUUUUACAGUUAAAGGGAUCCUUGGUUGUAAAAAGUGUUAGAACGGCUGAGAAAAAGCGUUACCUAAAUAUCUUUUACCACCUGGAUAUGUAUGUGGCCUUCACUUUUUUGUUCAUUUCCUUUUAUUUUUUUGCUCUGGAAAAUUUUAGUCAUUGUUGCUAACCUGUAUUUUCUAUAUAAGUGCGGAGACACAGAGCACAUUCACAUGCUGUUAGGGUUUCAGUGGCUUGCUAGGUUUGUUAUCUAGCUAGCUAAUUGUAAAAUAGCUAGUCUAGCUCCCCCAGCUAGCUUAUGGUUUACCUGUAUGUUUUUUCCGCAGGUUGAAUGUUGAGCUGUAAAAUGCCAACAUCUCCAAGGGUUUUGGCUAGCAUCAUUUGCAGAUCAUUAUCAUGCGGUUUCCUUUGACGCAUUUAAAACUGAAGAUAUCUGAUAUAUUGGGCCAGGGAUACUCAUCUUCUUCCACCGUCUCAGACAUCGCAGCUGCUGACUAAGCAUUUGGGGCCUGUAGACUUUCAGCAGGAAACUGCUUUACUUUGAAAUUAAAUUAUUAAAAAUUGGUACAUGCUGUCUUUUAAUUGGCUUGCAGUCUUCCGGGGUUAAAUGCAUUAUUAUUUUACUCUGUAACAGUGAUAUAUGGAAUAUAUAAAAUAUCCAUGUAACAAAGUUGAAUAUUUUAUUUGAAAAAAACACAAGUAAACAUAAAAGUACUAUGAUUUAAUUAUAUAUCAUGUACUCAAGUACUGUAACGAGAGUACAUGGCAUUUGUUACUUUCUAUUCUUGCUAAUAAGCGAGAGAAUGCUGUGUAGAUCUGUUACUAUUAACUAAUCACCUAAAACCAGUUACAACGCUGAAUCAUGAUUUAUAAUCUUAAAUCAUGAUCUUAACAAAUAAAAAUGUUUUGAUGUUUUGUUGUUUUCUGAUUUGUACUGUCAUAAAUUUGACAUUUCCACACUGAUGAAAUUUAUAUCUCUUUUUGAGUGAAACAUUACACCUAAGAGGAACUAAAGGGCAGCAGUAUGAUUUAUAAUACCUACUAGCUACUAGGAUGGCAAUUAGAUUUGAAAUCCGAGCUCUUCACUGGCAAAAGUUAUACUAUAGGUCCUGAGAAUAGUACAGUAGAUGCCUAGUUAAUACCUCUCUCUCAUGUGUGCCUAUUCUCUCUGCUAGGAGUGAGAGCAAUGAUCAUAGCUUUACAUAUGACUUCAGAAUGAGUAUCGGUCCUGUGAAUAUUACUUAACUAAGGUUUACAUGAGCAGCUGUUUUUUAACACAAAAAUUAAACUAAUGGAUCCUGUUUUUAAGGCUACAAGAUUUCUCUUCUCUCUUGUGUGUAUAUUGUUUCCAAAUACCACAAAGGUUAAAGGAUCUUGUACACCAUUUAUGUAACUCGCCUUUUCCAAACUUCAGUCACUUUGAGUAGGUUUAUAGUAACAUGAUACUGGGAGUUGUGUGAUAACAGCACUCAGGCAGCAUUUUCCAUUCUCUAUCCCUCAUCAUGGCUUUUGUCCAGCACCUGCAGAAACAAAGCUGCACUGUUCUAGGAACAGUCUUAAUUUAGGACUGACUGAUUCCAUAGAUGUCAACACUCACUUCCUCAUAUGUGAUGUACGUGAGAAAGUGCAACCAGUUGACACCACCAGAUCACAUUUUAAAUGAGUUUUAGUUACUCCCCAGAUAGCAGAUGAUUCCAAGCCAAAUAUGGUUUGAGUUUAGGAACAUAAUCGUCACACAACUGUGGCAGUAGAAAGUGAACUGGGGGCCAAAAGUGCCCCAACUACGAGCUUCCACAUUUAUAUAUGUAUAUUUGGCAUUUGGAGUCUGGACCAGAAGUUGUCCAAAUGCAAAUAGCUAUAUCUAAUGUGUGUGCAGCAUUGCAACAUUUGGUCAAAAGUCAGAUCCGGUGAGUUCAUUGCCAUCGUUCCACAGUGGUUCUUUGACCAGACCAAAAGUGUCUGGGCUGGUAUUGUGCCUUCACUCAUUUUGCUGUCUGGGUCAUAGCAAUAGAAGCAUGGUACAUAGGAAUAAUGCUAAGAGAUUUAUGAUGUGUGCUUAAAGAACUUAUGUCUUCUUCUUUUCAUGUAAUGUUUUACUUCUGGGUUUCUGUUAAACCUAUAUCUAUCUGUCUGUGGAACACAUAAAUGAUUUUUACUCUGAAAAUUCUGCCUAGGUUCAUUCAUUCAUCUUCAUGUUGAGGUGGAUUCUGAAGCCUAUCCCAGCAACACUGGGUACAAGUAAGGCUUAGGCUUAAAUACUUAAGUACUGGUGUACUGAAUAGUAUGGCAAAACAGUACAUAAUAGUAAGUUAUUACUUCACAUGGUAGAGAACUAUUUAGAAUAAUAGAAUGAGGCUUGAGAUUAUAGCUUGUUGUUUAUAUCCAAGGCCUAUUGGAUUUGUGACCAUAGUGUAAAAAUAGGAAGAACCUGAGGAAACCACAAUAGUUUCAACUAUUUACAGAUUAAAAACACCAACUUUCAUAAGAAAAGGCAUGAUAUAUAAUGCUGGAGGUGUUAAAACAAAGAAGACUGGAAAGAACAUCUGUACCUUUUCCAACUGUCCAGUUUUGAUGAACUUGUGCCCACUGUAGACUCAGAUUCCACUUCUUGGCUGACAGGACCCGUAUUGUAACCCGAUGUGGUCUUCUGCUGUUCUGGCCUCUCUGCUAGAGAGUGUUGUGCAUUGUGAGAUUUUACCUUUAAAUGUAUGGCAUUUGGCAAACGCCCUUAUCCAGAGCAACUUACAUUUAUCUCAUUUACAAAACUGAGCAGUUGAGGAUUAUGGGACUUGCUCAAGGGCCCAACAGUGGCCUAGACCUUCCGCUCAGCAGUCCAAAAGCUUAACCACUGAGAUGCUUUUCUACUCACCACAGCUGCAAAGAGUGGUUAUUUGAGUUAACUAUGUUUACACGGCGUUUUAAAUCAUGGCGGGUGAGGGCGUUUUCGUACGCGUUUGGCCAAUCAACAUCUACAUCUACGUCACGGAUAGUACCAGUUGUGCUGGUUGCACCCUGCUCCGGAGCAGGAGCUAAUCUGGUUCUCAAAAAAGGCAGUCCGGUACUAAAAUCACACCCAGUUCCGGAGGUUCGAAAACGCCAAAAAGUGGGUAGUUCCACAAUUAGUUCAGGUACAAUGAAAGGCCCUUAUCUUCUCAAACUGGUUCCCUGAACAUGACAAUGAGUUCAGUGUACUUCACUGGCUUCCCCAGUCACCUGAUCUAAAUUCAACAUUUGGAUGUGGUAGAACAGGAAAUUCAAGCAUGAAUGUUCAUCAAAUCUGCAACAAUUAUGAAUCUCGAAGGAAUGUUUCCAACACAUUGUGUAAUCCAUGCCAUUAUUGCUGUGUUAAAUAAAAUAUGUUUUUAUAUUAUAUUAUUCAUAUUGACAGGCUUUCUCAUGAAACUGGUUAACAUGACUACAAUUAAGUUUCUCUAACAUGGUGGGGGAAAAAAAAGAAAAACGUCAAUUUUGAUAAAAGUUGCAAUAAAGGCUGAUAGAUUCCUGUCUGUCAAACAAGAAAUGAACAAUAAAGUAAAAUGACCUGACUAUUGUAUCAGAGAGCUUUGGUGAAAGAACAAGGUCUUGAGUUGUACAGAUCAUAACAGGAUUAUCCUGAAAUGAUCUCACUACAAUCAGUAAGAAAGUGUUUCUGAUAAGAUCCCAAGUAGAGAGCAUGCCUGGAAAGGUGCUACCAUAAAAUCCGUCGAUCUUAUUGAUCUUAAUUUUAUGCUUGCUGGUCAGGUUCUCUUAAUGUCAUUUAAAACCACAAUCAUGUGUCUUUAUCUGGCAAACUCUUAACAUUCGUACCACAAAAUAUUAAACCUGACCACACUGGCCAAUUUUCCUACAGACAGUUUUCCAAGAAAUGGCUCACUGAAGAUUGUCUCAGAAUGGCUCAGCCAUACCUCCUUAUCUCAUAACUCUUCUUGUGAAAACUUGUUACAUCUGACAAGUUUUGUGGUCUAAAGCCUCUGCAGUCAACAACAAUAUUACAAAACUCAGCAUCAAGUAUCUUUCAGAUUCAAGUGUUUUGUUUCUACAAAGUAUUGUGGACAAGCUUUUCUUGUAAUUAAAAUAUUCUAAAGGUCUAGUUUUUUUUUUGACAUGUGAUGGGUACAUUGGUCUGCAUUGCAAAAAAAAAAAAUUAGCAAGUGAAAAUAUAAUGUAUCUAGUACCUCCUAUAUUAAAGAUUACAAUAAACCAAAUAUAAGAUUAUUAAACUAAUUUCAAGUCUUGUUCUACUAGCAGAUCAUUUUAAGUGUCCUACUUAUUUCUAUAAAGAAGCAAAAGUAUCUGUCAAUAGAAUAAGAAAAUUUAAAGCUUGAAAUG